AUGUCGAGAUUCCGUCAGAGGCUUCUGUGCAAUGGUCAGAUGUUGAACGACGACAGCCCUUUGCAGGGAUCCAUGGAUUUGCACCUGGUGUUGCUGCCCGUCAUUGACAUGACGGACUUGGCUUUUCGGGACGUGGACCUCGUGGACGCUGCGGAAUUUGGAAAUGUAGAGGAAACUGAGGAAAUCCUCCAACUGCCUGCAGAUCCAGAUGUGGUCGGCUUGAUGUCGUGGGGGGAACACCCUGCGACGCCCCUUUACGCAGCAGCCGCGCGUGGCCAUGCCGGAGUGGUGCGCCUGCUGUUGGAAGCCAGGGCCGACAUUGACCGAGUAGCCCUGCAUCAAGGCACUCCGCAACAUGAGAAGCCUUUUGUCGAAGCAUGUCUGGCCGGCCAUGCAGAAGUCGUGCGUUUGCUCCUUAAGGCCAGAGCCGCAGCCAACCAGACCGUGACAUGCUAUACCUCGGACACACGGGAGGAGUACGAAAGACCAAUCCUGGGCCCCAUAUUGGAGAGCCAAGAGUUGGAGGUGGGGCGAGCUCUACUAGAAGCUAGAGCAGAUCCUGCUUCAGCUCACGUCGCCAUGCGGUUCGCUUUGCAAGAGAACCAGAGCGAAAUCGUACGCCUGCUGCAAGAGUUCGGUGCUGAAGUUCCUGAACCUCGGCUACGGCGGCGAUACGUAAGAUAG